AUUUCCCUCCACACACUUGUCCAGGACCUUAUCUGUUUGAGUUGUAUGUCUGUGUUCUUCCCUCCAAAUCCCACUAUGAACCAUCAUUAGCAUGGACAGACUCUACUAUCACCAAAAAUUUGCCCCCAUUAAAAAGACAUAGAAGUUUGUUUAUCUGUUGUUUUAGCAUCAUCGUUUCUAUUUUCAUGAUGGCUAGCAAAUUGGUGGCCUUUUAUAAUUGUGUGCCUCGUCGUGUGUUUACUGCUCCUGUACAGAAGCCGGUAUUGGUUUCUUUGCCAUCUUCAACAAAGGUUCAGUCUAAUGUAAGGCAGUUUUAUCUUCGACGGAAAUUGUUUCUACUUCCUUCCAAAGCUACUGCUGAACAACCAGGCCAGGUUGAAGAAGAUGAGGUUAUUGAUGGUAAAAUUCUGCCAUAUUGCAGCCUAGACAAGAAACAGGAGAAGAAGUCAUUGGGUGAAAUGGAACAAGAGUUUCUUCAGGCACUACAAGCUUUCUACUAUGAAGGAAAAGCUAUUAUGUCAAAUGAGGAAUUCGAUAAUCUAAAGGAAGAACUUAUGUGGGAAGGAAGCAGCGUUGUCAUGCUAAGUUCUGAUGAGCAGAAGUUCUUGGAAGCAUCAAUGGCUUAUGUAUCAGGGAAACCUAUCAUGUCUGAUGAAGAGUUUGAUAAACUGAAGACGAGACUCAAGAUAGAAGGAAGUGAAAUUGUAGCUGAGGGUCCAAGAUGCAGCCUCCGUAGUAGAAAGGUUUACAGUGACCUGACAGUUGACUAUCUCAAAAUGUUGCUGUUGAAUGUGCCAGCUACUUUAAUUGCUCUAGGAUUGUUUUUCUUCCUGGAUGAUCUGACUGGAUUUGAAAUCACAUAUCUUUUGGAGCUACCAGAGCCAUUCAGUUUCAUUUUUACCUGGUUCGCUGCAGUGCCUCUCAUCGUUUAUUUAGCUACAUCACUCACAAAAUUGAUUUUGAAAGAUUUCUUGAUCCUGAAGGGACCCUGUCCUAACUGUGGCACAGAGAACAACUCAUUUUUCGGAACCAUAUUAUCAGUUUCUAGUGGUGGAACCAGCAAUAGUGUUAAGUGCUCAAACUGCGGGACCUCUAUGGUUUACGAUGCAAACACGCGGUUGAUUACAUUGCCAGAGGGAAGUGAAGCUUGAUUUGAGGAUGAAUCAAUCCUUAAGGGAUUGUCCGCUAUCUGUAAGUAUGAAUUGUAAUACACUAGCAGCAGGUUUUCCACAAGAGAGGAGAUGAUUCACCAUGCUGUAUGUAGAAAAUACUUGAUGAAAAAUCAAACUCAGUUCAUCUUGCCUGUGUCUCUGAGUCUUCUGUAAUUUUCAUCAUCAUUGUGUGUAUAUCUGGUUGGUCAGUGAAGCAGGUUUUGUGUGCA